GCAGUCAACCAUAAUGCAAGCCACCAUCUAUGCUAACCGCCUUCCGAGAUUCCGGUCUAAGCUCGCCGCCGGAAAAAUGUUUUCUAUAUCCGGUUUCGAUGUUGCCCAGUGUGCUCAGAAUUACCGGCUCACCGACUCUCCUUUGCUGCUCCGGUUUAGUGAUUUAACCGAUUUUGAUGAGUUAGCAGAGCCGGUUUCGCCCUUGCCACAAGAAGGCUUCCGGUUCCGCAAUCAUUCUGAGCUAGCCGGAUUGGCUAACAGGAACACACAGCUCCCAGACAUUAUAGGUGAGAUAACAGCUGUUAAGAGUACCGUUAACGACUCUCUUGGAGAGAAGGACCGUAUCAUGGCAACUAUCAAGUUGGAUAAGUAUUUCUUAAUCUUUAGUUUUUUAUUAUUUCCUUUAUAUAAUUAGAUGUGGUAGAAUUCAAAUUAAUAUAUUGUUAAAAU